UUAUUUUUUUAUUUCACAAAGAUUCCACGCGUCGUCUCCAAUCUCCUCUCAAGGGUUUAAUCUCUUCCUCUCGCUCCUUUAUUUAUCUCUUCGAGCCGCUUCGUGGAAAAAAUAUAUCCCCAAAUCUUCCCCCUUUCGUCGGCGACCGAUCGCCCAAGAAGAAGGCGGCGACGAGAAGAAUAAUCGAUCAAAUCGAUUCUUCUAUAUUUCAGGGUUGGGAGACUGAAAUGGCGGAGAACUUGGGGCGAGAUUGAGGAGAUAAUGGUCGGAAUCCGAGGCCGGCUUCGCGAUUGCAUGGGUGAAGAAUGCCAGAGCUGCGGAGCGGGGCGCGUCGAGGAGGCCGUGCUCCACCACCGGCCGCGGCGGUAGAUCGCCCGGCGCGGAAGCCGAGGACCCGGGCGGCGAAGAAGCCGGCCGGGGCGGCGGCGGCUGCUACCGGGGUCAGGCGGCGGGUGAGGACCCGGGCAGAGGCUCGGCGGCCGGCCGCAAAGGGGCGGCCGAGGGCGAGGUCGGCGAAGAGGUUGGUUUUGGUGGACGAGGAGGACGGGAAGGGGGAAGGGGAGGUGAGAGUGUCCGAUCAGUCGAAGGAGGUAGUGGUUGUCGAAGAGGAGGAAAAAAGAGGAGGCCGAGGGAAGCGGGUAGAGGAAGGGGUAAAGGAGGAGGUACGGGGGAAGGGGAUGAUGGGGGACGAUAGCGGUGGAUUGAGUGCCAAUCGGGUUGCAGCGCAGGAAGAGGAAGGGAGCACUGCUCCUUUUCCGGAAAGGGUCCAGGUAGGAGGGUCUCCUCUUUAUAAGAUUGAGAGGAAGUUGGGCAAAGGUGGGUUUGGUCAGGUUUUUGUCGGUCGCCGUGUUUCUGUUUCUGGAGGAGGCAGUGAACGUACAACAGGUGCUGGUGCAUUAGAGCAGGUGGCUAUAAAAUUUGAGCACAGAAGCAGCAAAGGCUGUAACUAUGGUCCUCCAUAUGAAUGGCAAGUUUACAGUGCUCUUGGGGGCAGCCACGGUGUACCUAAGGUGCAUUAUAAAGGGCGGCAGGGAGACUACUAUGUGAUGAUUAUGGAUAUGUUGGGCCCUAGUUUAUGGGAUGCAUGGAAUUCAUCAGGUCAAGCGAUGUCAUCUGAAAUGGUAGCUUGUAUUGCUGCUGAGUCCAUAUCAAUUCUUGAGAAGAUGCAUUCUAAAGGAUAUGUACAUGGAGAUGUAAAGCCCGAGAAUUUUCUACUUGGCCAGCCGUCAACACCUCAAGAGAAGAAGUUGUAUCUUGUUGACCUUGGAUUAGCGACAAGAUGGAAAGACUCUGCUAGCGGACAGCAUGUUGAGUAUGAUCAGCGCCCAGAUGUGUUCAGAGGAACCGUCCGAUAUGCGAGCGUGCAUGCACACUUAGGAAGAACUGCAAGUAGGAGAGACGAUCUGGAGUCUCUUGCAUACACACUUAUUUUUCUACACCGUGGGAGGUUACCAUGGCAGGGAUACCAGGGUGAUAACAAGUCAUUUUUAGUUUGCAAGAAAAAGAUGGCGACAUCUCCUGAGAUGCUCUGUUGCUUCUGUCCAGCACCUUUUAAGCAGUUUCUUGAGAUUGUAGUGAACAUGAAGUUUGAUGAGGAGCCAAACUACUCUAAAUUAAUAUCACUGUUUGAUGGGUUAAUCGGACCAAAUCCAGCAAUCAGGCCCAUAAAUACUGAUGGUGCUCAGAAGAUUAUCUAUCAGGUUGGCCAAAAGCGGGGCCGACUGACUCUUGAUGAAGAAGAUGAAGCUCAUUUAAAGAAGAAGAUCCGUUUAGGAGUUCCUGCCACCCAGUGGAUUUCAGUAUAUAAUGCCAGGCUUCCUAUGAAACAGAGGUAUCAUUAUAAUGUGGCUGAUUCACGGUUGGCGCAACAUGUGGAGAGAGGAAAUGAAGAUGGUCUGCUUAUAAGCUGUGUUGCAUCAUGCUCCAAUUUGUGGGCGCUCAUUAUGGAUGCAGGAACUGGUUUCACAUCUCAGGUUUAUGAAUUGUCCCCUUUGUUCCUUCACAAGGAAUGGAUUAUGGAACAGUGGGAGAAAAACUACUAUAUCAGCUCUAUAGCUGGUGCUAACAAUGGAAGUUCUCUUGUAGUGAUGUCUAAAGGCACUCCGUAUACACAACAAUCUUACAAGGUUAGUGAAUCUUUCCCCUUCAAAUGGAUAAACAAAAAGUGGAAAGAAGGAUUUCAUGUCACAUCGAUGGCAACUUCUGGAAGCCGAUGGGGAAUUGUCAUGUCCCGAAAUGCUGGCUUUAGUGAUCAGGUUGUUGAAUUAGACUUUCUCUAUCCCAGCGAGGGAAUCCACAGGCGUUGGGAUAAUGGGUAUCGCAUCACUUCAAUGGCUGCCACUUGGGAUCAGGCUGCCCUUAUUCUAAGCGUGCCCAAGCGAAGGCCUGGAGAUGAGACUCAGGAGACCCUUCGAACCUCGGCAUUCCCAAGUGCUCAUGUCAAGGAUAAAUGGGCCAAGAAUCUUUAUCUUGCUGCUGUGUGCUAUGGACGCACUGUAUCGUGACAUUUAUGCCAACCUUCAUUUCAGAACUAGAGAAACCAAGCCAUGCAGCCUUAUUUUAUUUAGUGCUCUCUUUUUGAUUGUAGAUUUUUCAUCCAGCGAAAUUAACUGCGGAGGACUGAGAUUCCGUUGUAUGAUGUAUGUUUUAUAUAUACCAUGAAAGGGCCUAACUCUGAAGGCCCGUUGCAUGUAAGAAACAAACUCUGCACUGAAACACCAUUCAAACAGGUAAAAAGGGGCAUGCUAUCCAUGGUUGGCAAAGGUCA